AUAACGUAUGCUCAGCCAUAUUCACAGCUAAGCUCCUUGGUACCCAAUUUAUCUAGUACGACAUGGGGAAAUUGGGAUCCAAAUGCAACUGCCACCGCAACUGAUACCAACGAUCCGUAUGGCCAGGCAGCUUGGUCUGCUCAAUGGGUCUCAGCCUCUAUAGCACUUACUACUGGAAGAUACUCAACGACUGUCAGUCCGACACCUGUCCCAACUAGUGAAUUGAUCACUCCACCCCCAGAGUACUUUGGUCCAACAGAUUGUUUCAAUUUCCCAAAGGAUUUCAUUUUUGGUGUGGCUGGUGCCGCAGGACAAUGUGAAGGAGCAGUGGCAAUGGAAGGAAAAUCACCAAGCAUUUUGGAGAAGUCAGUUACCGAGCCAUCAAAUAGCUACGUCACAAACGAGCAUUAUUUUCUUUACAAACAAGACAUUGAAAGACUUGCCUCAAUUGGAGUCAAGUAUUACAGCUUCAGCAUUCCAUGGACCCGAAUCUUGCCUUUUACGUAUCCCGGAACUCCGGUCAACCAGCAAGCUAUAGAUCAUUAUGAUGAUCUCAUAAAUUUUGUGAUUGAGAAAGGCAUGGCGCCAAUCAUCACACUGAUACACCUUGAUACUCCUUAUGUCUUCUGGAACUUUGGUACAGUAAGCCAAGAAAUCUCUGAUCUUGGAGCUGGCGACGGAAAAUUCGGUUCCCAGGAGUUUGAAGACGCAUUCGUAAAUUAUGGCAAGAUUCUCAUGACACAUUUUGCCGACCGAGUUCCUAUAUGGAUGACGUGAGUAUCCAAGUUACGCUGUCAACUUAACGUAUUCAAUACUAAAUUCAAACUAGAUAUGACGAGCCCUUUCUCCAAAGCAAUAAUGCCACUGGGGUAUAUCACAUUAUCAAAAGUCACGCCCGAAUAUACCAUUUCUACAAAGACGUUCUCAAAGGAACCGGGAAAAUCGGUCUGAAACUCAACGACAACUUUGGAGUCCCGAAAGACCCCAACAAUGCGUCCGACGUAGAAGCCGCAAAUCACUUCAACAGUCUCCAAAUCGGCAUAUUCGCAAAUCCAAUUUAUCUCGGACUCGACUAUCCAGACUCCGUCAAAAACACGCUUCCCGGCUUUGACCUUAACUCCACUGAUCUGGCUUACUUCAGCGGAACUGCUGAUUUCAUUGGGGUUGAUCCUUACACUGCUGUAGUCAUCUCUUCACCACCUGGGGGGAUUUCUGCAUGUACAGCCAACGAAACAAGUUCUUUGAGACCAUAUUGCGUAACUGAGGGCUCAACGAACAUCUUCGGCUGGAAAAUAGGACUGCACUCGCAAUACGAUACAAUGUACCAAUCACCGAAAUACCUACGUACCUACCUAUCCUAUCUCUACAACACAUUUCACAUCCCCGUCAUGGCGACAGAUUUCGGUUUCCCCACCCAUUCGGAAGCGGAUUGGCACUUGGAAGACCAAUUGUAUGACAGUUCGAGAACGUUGUAUUACCAGAGUUAUUUGACUGAGAUGUUGAAGGCUAUUUGGUUGGAUGGCGUGGAUGUUAUGGGGGCUUUGGCUUGGACUUGGGCUGAUAAUUGGGAGUUUGGGAGUUAUGAUCAUAGGUUUGGGCUGCAGACUGUCGAUAGGGAUACGAUGGAGAGGAGGUAUAAGAGGAGCUUUUUUGAUGUUAUGGAUUUUGUGGGUGCUAGGAUGGGUCCAUAG